AUGGCAACAGAAUCCCUCCCCAUCUCCCCCUCCGCCUUCGCCUCAGCAAUCCAAGAGCUCCCCCUCUCAGCCCUCUACGCCAAAGUCUCCGAGCUACGCAACUCCAUCGCCCACCUGCACCGUUCCAACGCCGAGCUGCGCACCUUCCUAGCCGAGUCGCAGGACCCGGAGGACGAGAAAAAGGAACUGGAGGGAUACGUCGCUGAGAAUGAGGAUGUGGUCGCUUCUAUGAAUGUAAGGAUAGCGCUGCUCAAGGUGGAGGUGGAGAGGAGGGGUCAGUUGUGGAUUGAGGCUGAGGAGAAGGAAGGGGAGGAUGGUGAUGGCGAUGCGGAACAGCAGCGUUUGGCAGAUGAUACCCUGGUUACGAAUGGGGAUCAUGGGCAUGAGCAGGAUCAGGAGGGGGAAAUGGGGUGUAUCUUUGAUUGA